ACAUCUUGCUCGACUGCAGGACUGCAGUAUCGACAACAUUGGCAAACGUUGUUUAGCAAACGAUCUUACGAUCGAUCGUAAAGUUGUAAAGUGUUCAUACGGUUUGUUAGGAUUUGUGAAUUUGUGGCUAACUUUAUCGAAUAAUAAAUCGUGCGAUGGAGUGGGAGUGGACAAAAGACAAAACUUUGAAACUAAUCGAGUUGUUACAAGUGAACGCAAGCCUAUGGAACCCUUCACUAUGUGACACUCGUAGAGAAAAACAGAAAAGAAAAGAAGAAUUACGUGCUAUUGCGGAUAUACUAGGAAUAUCUGUACCUGAUACAACGAAAAAGAUACAGCAUUUAAGAACUCAGUACAAUAGGGAAUCUGCAAAAGAAGCUCGCGUUAAUGCAGAGGAUCCUAACGAUAGAUAUGUCAGUAAUUGGUAUGCUUACGAAUAUCUCCAUUUCAUGAAAGACUCGAGUAAAGUUUACAAAAUCCUACAGUCUGUGGAAUUAACUGAUACCAUAGCUAGCCAGAAUGAAACCACAGCAGCAUUGACAGACUGCAAACUGUUUAAUUUAUCCCCGCCUCAUAAAGUACCUAGAACUGAGAUACUUCAUCCAGUAAAGUCUGAGAUUAUCCAUCAGUCAACACCUAGGGAUAGAGAUGAGUUUUCCGUGUUCGGAGAAUAUAUAGCUAAUGAGUUAAGAUCUUUGAAAGGUGAGAAAAACUUACUUGUUGCUAAGAAAAAGAUUCAAGAUGUUAUAUUUGAAGUUAAAAUGGGAAUGAUGAGCGAAGGAAGGGUGGAACAAACAUCUACAUGCACUGCAUUUACUCAUGCUAGUCCACCAAGUUCCCUGCACUCAAGCAAGUUGUAUACAGCCCCAGUGAUGUCAGCCCCACCAACUACAGGAAUCAAUGAAAUAAUUCUAAAUGGGCCGUGCCACUAUUCAAACUUUAAAGUUGACACACAAUAGCAGUGUCCUCCACUUCCCAACGGGGAAGUGGACAAGAAUGAUAGUUUCACUAUUGCAAAUUAAGUGUGUAAUGAAAAACUGUUGCUAGAUUUUAAAUAAACAAAAAAUUGUGUAAUCUGAAUUUAAACUCAAUUUUUUAU